AUGGCGAUACUCUAUGCUGUAGUGGCCAGGACGACGGUUCUGGCGGAGUUUAGUGCGGUGACUGGAAACACUGGCGCGGUGGCACGGCGAAUAUUGGAGAAGCUUCCAAGUGAAACAGAGUCAAGGCUUUGCUUCUCUCAAGAUCGCUAUAUCUUUCAUAUCCUUAGAUCAGAAGGCAUUUCCUUCCUCUGUAUGGCUAAUGAUACCUUUGGAAGAAGGAUUCCAUUCUCAUACUUGGAAGAUAUUCAGAUGAGGUUCAUGAAGAACUACGCUAAGGUGGCGUCUUAUGCUCCUGCUUAUGCCAUGAAUGAUGAAUUCUCUAGGGUCUUACAUCAGUACAUGGAGUUUUAUUCAAGUAAUCCUAGUGCAGAUACACUGAAUCGUGUUGAGGACCGCGGACCGCGUGGAAAUGCAGCGUGGCCGCACAUAAAGGAGCGCGGAGCGCAUUGCUUGAAUUUGCCAACAUUUCAACUCUCUGAAUCUCGUUCACGCGGACCGCACAAAAGUGUGAAGCGGCCGCGUAGCCUGACCGCGGAUCGCGAGAAUCAAACCGCGGCCUCGUAG